AUGCCAACAAAGCCUCGACUCUCAUCGCCAAGAACUAGACCUGCUCAAAGUAACCUCAAAAAAGUUGACAGCGAACAAGCUGAAAUCGAAAAUUUGAAAACAAGGCUGCUUGAAGAACAGGAGAAAAUUAUCGCUUUGGAGAACUAUUCUAGACGCGAGAAUCUUCGAUUUAUGAAUGUACCUGAACGCAAUGACGAAAAUUGCAUGGAUGUAGUGUAUGAUAUAAUAGAAAAUGACAUGAAUAUCAAUGUAGAAGAUAUCCACUUCCAUGCAGUUCAUCGUGUUGGGAAACCGCGCUCAGAAGACGCCUCCAAAAGCUUCCCGAGACCAAUUAUUGCACGCUUCCUCAGCAGGGAAAACAGAGACGCAGUUUUUAGAGCGAGAAACAGGUUGAAAGAUUCAGAGAGAGCUAAGGAUGUAUACAUUACGCAAGAUUACGCAAAAACGAUACAGCAGGAAAGGAAAGUAUUAAUCAAAGCGAUGUUCCAAGCAAAGGAGCGAGGUUUGAGCGCAAAAGGUAUCGAUAGAAAGCUUAUUAUCAACAAUGUUAUUUACAAAGUAAGUAAUAUCCCUGAAGACCUUAGGCCUCCUCAAUCCAGUGCACAGGCUUAA